AUGCAAACACGCAUUCUUUGUUUGGUAGCCCUGCUGCUCCCACAGUACGGGCUAGCAGUCGAUGAUCAAGUAGGAGCGAAAAUCGACUAUGGCACAUUCGAGAAUCCCGCGGCUAGAGUUCGCCCCCGUUUUCGUUACUGGCUCCCAGAUGCCAGUGUAGAUUCGACUAUUGUUCAAAAGAACAUCAAGGAUGCCGGUGUCAAUGGCGCUGGGGGCGUGGAGUUUCUUCCUUAUUUUGACUACGGUAAUACUGUUCCUGGGGCAGAUUGGGUAACUUAUGGAUUUGGCACGCCCGCGUUUGUCAAUGUCUUCAAAGCUGCCCUCCAGGCUCAUAGAGAUGCGGGUUUGGUGAUGGACUUUCCUUUGGGACCGAACCAGGGACAAGGCGUACCGGCGAGUCCCGAUGAUGAAGGACUCCAAUGGGACUUGUCUACAGCUUCGGUUGGUGUCCCUCUGAACGGCUCAUUUCAAGGACAACUCCCUGGUUGGGGUACCGGGGAGCUGGUAGCACUCGUUUCAGCUCAAGUGUUAUCGAGUCGAAAUAUCUCGAAUCCUACAACUAGCUUGAUUCCUGGCAGUGAAGUUCAACCAAGUGCUGCACAGUAUGUGUUAAAGAACUCAACACUACAGGAUUGGUCACAGAAUGUUACAUCCACAGGAGGGCUUAGUUUGAGCUUUCCUAAGACAGGCGGCCAAGGUUAUAGGCUAUUUGCGUUCUACCAACGUCAGACGUUGCAUCAAAAUGUACCAAGUACUUCUAACGUGUCGGGGACAAUCUUUAACGGUGGAUCUUAUGCCGUCGACCAUUUCAGUCCGAAGGGUGCGGCAACUGUUACUCGAUUCUGGGAUCAGUAUAUCCUUGAAGACGAGAUCAAACAGAUGCUCAUCGAAGUCGGUAAUUAUGGCUGGGAGGAUAGCAUGGAGAUCACGUCCAAUGUCUCCUGGACGCCGGAUCUUCCUAGCAUCUUCCAGAAGAAGCAUGGCUACAGCAUCAAAAAAUAUCUUCCACUUAUAAUUUACAACAACAACAACAUAGGUGUACAGUCGACUGCUCCUGGUACUAUCCAGUGUCUGUUGGAUACCCCCGAUCAGGGUAACGGGUACAUCAACGACUAUCGGGCUGCGCUAGGAGAGGGGUACCGGGCAUACUUGCAGGGGUUGACACAAUGGGUGAAUGACAUGAAUCUACAAUACUCUUCCCAAGUGGGCUACAACCUGAAUCUCGAUGUCCUGGCAAAUGUCCCGGACGUGAAUGCACCGGAAUGUGAAAGCCUGGCGUUCGGUGACAACAUCGACGGGUAUCGUCAAUUCGUUGGACCCGCUGCUCUCGCCGGCAAACGUGUGAUCUCCAAUGAAGUGGGUGCAGUCAUCAAUAAGGCAUUCCAGCAUCCAGUUACAGCGCUUCUGUGGGAGAUCGCUCGGGCUGUUGCCGGAGGCGUCAACCAGUUCGUCCUUCACGGACAGACAUUCUCCGGAAACUAUGUGGAUACAACGUGGCCGGGUAAUGUACCAUUCCACUAUCUGUUCUCCGAAUUGUAUUCUGAAAAACAGCCAUCCUGGAACCAUGGCUUUUCGGAGGCUCUGAACUAUGUGGCUCGGUUGCAAUAUACUCAGCAGAAGGGACAACCUAAAUUGGAUGUAGUCAUCUAUAACAAGGCCUCAGCCACCGAUGCGCAGUUCGGCACCAUUUACAACGAAACCGAUCUAAUUGAGGAAGGAUUCACAUACGUCUAUCUCUCGCCAGAUAACUUUGCUUUACCGCAGGCUCGUGUUAGGAAUGGCACGCUUGCUCCUGAUGGUCCGGGAUUCCGUGCAAUGAUCAUUCCCAGCUCGAGCAACCUCACAAUCGAUGCAGUGAGAGAUAUUAAGAAAUUCGCUCUUAAUGGCUUGCCUGUAAUCCUAUCCGGUGGGCUACCAAAUGCGUUCUACACAGGGGACGGAAACACAGACAGUCUCGUGAAGGAGAUAUCUUCCUUGAAAGAAGUGCAAAACAUCUACAUUGUAUCUCCUGGUCAAGCAUCCGGAAAGCUUCAAUCGCUAGGCAUUGCGCCGCGGGUGCAGGUGCAGACUAAUGGCACAUGGUAUUCUACAUGGCACUCAGACGCUGAUGGGGUCGACUACCUUUAUGUCUUGGGCGAUACAAUGGAUACUGCUGGUAACCUAAGUGUUGCCACGACAAAGCAACCAUAUUUCUUCGAUCCUUGGACUGGGAGCCGAACCCCCGUUCUUGAGUACCAACACAGGUCUGGCCGAACCGUGGUGCCUCUUCGCCUGGUCGCGAAUCAAACGGCUAUCAUUGGCUUUACCGGCAAACCUAGCAAUACUUUACUCCAUGCUACUCAGGUACCAUCCUCAGUCAUUGGCUACAAUUACGGCAACCGAACAAACAAUGUCCAACUGCACGUUUCAUCCGUCUCAUCCGGCUCAACCACCCAGACCCUGGGCUUAUCCAACGGGAAAACCAUAUCCCACCUAACAACCAGGGAUCCCGCCCCAGCAUACCAGCUCACCAACUGGACCCUCACAGUCGAACACUGGGAACGCCCAGACAAUCUAUCCGACGCAUCAAUAAUCGCAGCCAAGCACAACACAACCCACGAGCUCACCUCCCUCAUAUCCUGGCAAGAAAUCCCCACCAUCGCCAAUGCGUCCGGAGUUGGCUACUACACCACCACCAUACGGUGGCCCCCGACAACCAACACGGCAGACGGCGCCUACCUGUUCCUCCCGCACACCCCAAACGCAGCCCGUGUCUAUGUUAAUGGCCACAGGCUCCCAGCCUUCGACUUCCAAGCGCCGAAACUCGAUCUCAGUCCCUAUCUCAUUACCGGGGAGAAUAAAUUGACUGUAGAGGUACCGUCAACUAUGUGGAAUUAUAUUCGGACUAUGUUGGAUGAGCUUUACUCGGCUGGCUCGUUACCCGAACUUGAGGGGUCAGGCCCAGAUCCGGCGGAUAAUGGCUUGAUUGGGGUGGUGAGGCUUGUGCCUUUUGUGAACGUUAACAUUGAUCUGUCAUGAUGGGAUUGCGGUCUGUUUUAGAUAUUUGGAUGUAUUUAUUAUCUCAUUCCUGGAAUGUUAUCCUGUCCGUAUUGACACCAGGGCGCUCGCUAGUAAUGAACUUGAGACCACCUGAGCGGAGGUAUAUUUGAACCUACAGCCCAGAUUUAAUCCGACUUUUGUCACCAAUGACCUCUGUGACCGCUGAAAGUUUCGACACCCCUGGAAUUUGGAGAAGCCAACUUAGCGUAAAAAUCUUCUGCUUGAUAUUUCGUUAAGUCAAAGUCUUCUAGCGCUCGUCU